GGAAUUUAGGGUAAAAUGAAUGCGGGGUAAACGUAUGAGUUUUGUUAGCAUGAAUUACCCCGAUUUUUCGUUUCCUUCGGGUCAUCUCGACGUUGCUACCCAGAGUUUAGAGUUAAUCUGGCAUGAUCAUCGGUAAAUAGAGAAGGAGGCUUGGAAACGGGAUAGGAACCAAAAAGGGACAUGGAUAUUAAUUAGUAUGGGAAGAAGUACAUUUCUUUUGUUAUGCUGUACCGAACGUCUGUCUACGCAUGUUAGAACAUUUUAGACCACCUAUGAUGCAGCUGACAACUCUCCUUCUUUCGCUCACAGCUCUCUCCUCCCUCGCCCUCGUACAAGCACAAACAUGUACAACAGAUGAAGACUGCUCGCUCAACGGCAUCUGCGCGCCCCAAACGCACUCCUGCCUCUGCGACGCUGGCUGGUUCGGAUCGGACUGCGGACACCUUGACCUCGCGCCCGCAACCCGCUGGACAGGCUACAACCACACAAACUACACGGACCCCACGUACUACAAUACCCGCGGCAAUUCCUCCUGGGGCGGGCAAAUCAUCCAAGACCGUGGGGACCCAGCACUUUUCCAUCUCCUCGUCGACCAGUUCGGUCAUGGAUGUGGCCUGAGCGCGUGGAGACCUACUUCGUUUGUUGCGAGAGCGGAGUCGAGGACCGGUCCGCAAGGGCCGUAUACGUGGGUGCAGAACGUCACGGGGAGUUUUCGACAUAAUGCAUAUGUGCAUUGGUAUCCUGCCGAGGAAAAGUAUCUCCUCUGGACGAUUGGUGUCGACGUCGCGGAUCCGUCGAGUUGUAAAUCCGUGUCCAAAACGUCCUGGCCGAAUAAUAUUUCUGUCGCUGCUGCGUCGUCGAUCCAAGGCCCGUGGUCAAAGUUCCAUAUCACUGUUAAUGGGACGAAUCCAGCGCCAUUUCCCGUCCUCUCCGCUUCAUCACAUCAAGGGAGCGAUGCUAUAGACUCGAGAAUCGCACUCGCGGCGGAAGAUCUAAAGAUUUAUGUCGCGGACCGCUGGGAUGCGGCGUACAAGCUCGUCCACACUACGCCGCCGUGGAACACGUCCGAUUACAGUCCCACAUGGACCGAAGAUCCCUUUGUCUGGCAAGACAAGCGAGGCCAUUGGCACGCGCUUGCGCACUGGAUGAUUGACAUUGUCGAAAAGAAGGGGACAAAGUAUCCGCGCGUGGGCGCGCACAUGUUUGCUCGCACGCUCCAAGGGCGGUGGAAUUUCAAGUUACAUGAAGCGUUUAAUUCCACUGUCGCUUUCACGGAUGGGAGCGUGCAGACGUUCAAUCGGCGGGAACGACCCAAAGUGUUUUUCAGUGAGGAUGGAGAGAUGACGCCUUUGUAUUUGGUCACGGGUGUGCAGCCGUUGGGUACUACGGCGCUGAGUUAUACGCUGAUACAGCCGAUUGGGAGUGCAUGGAAGGAGUACGAAAAGCGCCUUGGGUUCUAACAUGGAUUUACUUAGUAGUUACUAAAUAGUAAUUUUAAGAUAGGUUAGGAAACUGGUA